AUGGAUUCUGAUGCCAAACACACGUAUGCGACACCGACACAUCAGUAUGAUCUUGCAAGACUCAGUCGGACCGAUCUCAAUAGUGAUAAUGCCCGUGUCUUACGCAAAUCAAUGAGGACAUCGAUGAUGAUGAAAAUCGCACUCCUGAUCUACGCUAUUGCCAUCACUGUCGUCGCCAUCGUCUUACUUACCAUAUCACAAUUGAAUAAAGAAAGUAAUCAUCCCUGUCGGAAUUUCUAUGACGAUAGGCGUAUCCUGGUUCAGUCUUCACAAGUUGUGGCUCGAGCUACCAAUUAUUUACUAGCACAUCAACGGGCUACUGGUGGCUGGGGGAGCAUCACAUUAACUUCUCAAGUGGUUAUUGCGUUACGUUUAGGCAGUGGAAUAAAUGUCGCACGAAUGGUAAAUUCAUCAUCCGCUGUUAGUUCUCUUUCUAUCGAUGAAUAUUAUGUAUCAGUAAUUAAAAAUGAUAUGUAUCAAGCCAACUCUUCUAUUACACCAGGCCAAUUGGCUUACAUUGUAAUGGCCUUACAUGCUAUGUGCAAGGAUACAAGCCAAUUUUUUGGAAUGAAUUUAAAUCAAAAAUUAAUGAACAAUUUAGAAGAUUAUCCAAGUAAAAAUUUUAAUCAUCCUUAUGCUUAUAGUUUAACAUUACUAAGCUUAUGCUUGACAAACAGUAAAUAUAAAUCGAAUCUAGUCCACAAAUUACAAGUAAUGCAAUCAUCAGAUGGAACUUGGGCUGAUUUAGAUACAACAGCUUUGGCAAUUUUAGCACUAAAUUGUGCUGAUAGCAGUAGUAAUAGUGCCAUAUCCAAAGGCAUCCAAGCUUUACUCUCCAAGCAAUCCAAAACAACUUAUCAAUUCGGGAAUGAGUAUACAACUGCUCAUGCGGUACAAGCUAUGCUGUCGCAAAGAAUACCUAUAUCAAAAUGGAAUUAUAUGAAAGUACUCCAAGAACUUAUGAAAUAUGAGAUCGCCAACGAAGGGUUUGGCAGAAUUGACAACACAGCUGCUGUAUUACCGUCGUUGGCAAGUGCAGUUUAUCUAGACUUGAAAACUGUAACCUGCGAUGAGCCAAAUGCUAGUACUGAAUCUCGUAUUAUCACUAUUGUCUACACUGUUCGAUACCAAUGUUUACCUUACGUCAAUCGAACAGAUGAAAAGUCAGUCGCUGUGGCAUCAAAAGCAGAUAGCCCUAUGCUAACGUUUAUGCGUGCUGCUGAAGUAAUCAAUCCGGCAUAUCGAUUUACAGUCAAAUAUCAUGCUACAUUCAGCGCUUAUACGGUGGAAAAAAUUAACAAUAUCUCAAGCCAAACAAGUAACCAAUUAUGUCAUUGGUUCCUUCAAGACGAUGUGACUAAUCACGAAAUAAUGUUGGGCGUUUCACACUAUAUGCCCCAAAAUAACGCUAAAAUAGCUUUUAUUUAUCGUAGGCCAUAG